AGGAAGUGGGCGUCUCUGUCACAUUCAUCUGUUCGUGUUAAACAUGUGACCAAGAAAGAGACACUAAAACUCAUCUGAACACACAUCGAGAGCUUCAGAAGAACUGAAUCCACUAACAACAGAGAAGAUCACUGAAGAAGAGAGAAGAAUGAAGAUCAUCUGGACUUUCACUCUGCUGAUGAUUCCUGGUGUGUUGAGCUCCAUCAGUGUGACAGGAUAUUCAGGAGGAGGAGUCAGCAUCACAUGCAGAUAUGAGGGAAAAUAUAAGAAUAAUGAGAAGUAUUUUUGUAGAGGAGAGUGGUCAGUGUGCACAGACCAAAUCAGGACUAAUACUAAAAAUAAAUGGGUUGAUUCUGGAAGUUUCUCUCUGUAUGACGACACAAGAGCAGCAGUUUUCACUGUGACCAUCAGAGAUCUGAGUGAAGAGGAUUCUGGCACAUAUUAUUGUGCAGUUGAGAGAUCAGGAAUAGAUCCUCACACUGAAGUGAAUCUGAAUGUUGUAACAGCAGCUGAUUGUUGUCAGAAGAGCAUCAGUCUCUCCGCUGCUGCAGGAGGAUCUGUGAACAUCAGCUGCAGAUACCCACAAUCCCACAGUGCUGAUGUGAAGUUUGUCUGCAGGAGAUCUGGAUCUGAUCUCUGUGCUGAAGAGACGUCUGUGAAGGAGAGCAGAAGAUGGAGCGCUGAGGGACAGAUGCAGCUGUAUGAUGACAGAGAGCAGCAGCUCCUGACGGGAAUCAUCAGUCAUGUGACUCAACAACAUUCAGCUGAAUACUGGUGUGGAGUUCAGUCUGAUCCAGGACACAAGAGCUUCAUCACACGAGUCCUCGUCAGCGUUUCUGGUACAGAUGACUCUCACACUCAUAUUCAUCAACAUAAUUCAAAAUCACGUCUAGCUUUCAUUCAGCAGAUCACUGUAUUCUGUGUUGCUUGACUGAGCAAAGAUAAGAAAAGAGGAAGUGUACAGAAAUGGAAGUGUAAUUGCAAAACUGCUGCAGUUUAUAUUCAGUAAAAUGAGUUUUUUGUAGAAUUAUAAUGCUGUUCUGCAAAUGCAGUGGUCAGUGUUUGUGUUUGUUUUAUUCUUCAUGUGGUUAUUUAUUU